AUGGCAAAUGAUGUAGAGGAAAAUCCUGGACCCACAAUAUAUGAUGUGGUUGAUCCUACUAAAACAAUAUGUGCAGAUUUUAGUCAGGGAAAUACAAAAAAGUUUCGACAAAAUGCUGGUAAACAAUGUUUAGCAAUGUCUUUGACUGCGAUAAUAUAUAAUCAUAUCACAAAUGCAAAUGCAUGGGAUUCAACUGUAUUAAAUUCCAUACUGUGUGCUGGAAAUAACCUUUAUUCUUUUAUAAGCAAUUCUGUUAAGAAAAGCUAUUUGCUUUUAACUGACGUGCCUGAAAUGGUUUCGGUUUUUGAUGGCAUUUAUUGUAUGCAAUAUGGUGAACCGUUUGCUGGUGACUUAAUGCUGUUUAUGGAAAAUUAUCAACAUUGUAUGUUGACGAUUGGUUGUAAUACUGUUGCAAUUUUUAAGACUUCUGAAGGAACCUUUAAAGUAUUUGAUUCUCAUUCAAGAGAUUUAUAUGGGAUCCCACACCCUUUUGGAAAAUGCAUAUUAGCAUCCGUUGAUAGUAUAGAAAGCCUGGUGAUAUAUUUCCAGAGUACCAUACCUCCGGGUAAUGAAACACCCUUCGAAGUUAAAGGAGUAACUGUUCAGUUAAAUUCUGAUAUAACACAAAUAAGUGGACUUGCUUCAAGUGAAAGUGCAAAAGAGCAUGUGAAACAAAAGUAUUCAGAAUUAGCUGAGAGUCAGAAACAGACUAGACUUGAAAAUGCUAGAAAGUAUAAAAAAGCAAAGCAAGCAGCAGAAACUGAAACUGAAAAACAAACUAGACUUGAAAAUGCUAGAGAGUAUCGAAAAGCAAAACGAGCUUCAGAAACCGAGAAUGAGAAACAAACUAGACUUAGAAAUGUUAGAAAUUAUGAAAAAAGAAAACAAGGACAGGAAACUGAGAUUGAAAAGCAAGCAUGUCUUGCCAGUGCCAAUCAGAACAAGAGAAAACGUUUAUGUUCUACUCACAUUGUAAGCCAACAGGAUUAUUUAAACAAAUAUGACAUUGAAAAAGAUGGUAGUAUUCAUGAACAGAGUUGGGCCCAAUUUAACAUUAAUAAAUUUUAUAAAUCUAUUGAAUUUUUUAUUAAUCAAUGCACCAUAUGUCAUGAAGCAUGGCCACUGAACUCUAAACCAAGGUCACCUGAUUGUUAUAUAUGCUCUCGAUGUGCUCGAGACACAAAAUUCAAUGAUUCCUUCUCCAGUGCCAACUGAGUUACAAAAUUUAACUCAAGUAGAGGAGAUGUUAGUUGCUCGUGCUCUUCCUAUCAUGAGAGUUUACAUUAAGCCUGGUGGACAACGAGGUUACUCAGGUCAUUGUGUUAAUUUGCCGCAAAAUGUUAAGGAACUUGCAACAUCAUUGCCAAGAUAUCCCAAAGAUUUGUCCGUGAUUAUUGUCAAAGUCAAAGGUAAAGAUAACUCGUUUAGAGAUGUUGCUGUGAGAAGAGAAAAAGUACAUAAUGCAUUAUUAUGGCUUGUGCAAAAUAAUCCUCAUUAUGAUGAAUUAGAAAUUAAUGAAGAUGCACUAAACUCUUUACCUGAAAAUGGCAUUCCAGCAGAUCUCAUGACAGUUGAGACUGAAAAUGAAAUAAUCUCAAAUGAUGAUGCUAUGUCAGAUUUGGGGCCACCCACUGAUAACCCUUCUGAAGAUAUAGUGUAUAACAACUCGACAGACAUGAAUAGUUUCUUGCCUGUUGGUGAACAGCAGGAACAAGAAAUAGAAGCAGUUAGAAAUCAGCUUUCUGCAAAUGAACCGAUACCAUGGCCUGAUAUUGAAUGUGAGCCAUUAAAUGAAUAUCAGAUAUCACAUUUGGCCACUAUGGCUUUUCCAACAUUAUUUCCUGAUGGGAAAGGUGAUCCCACUAAUCAAAGUAUCUUGAGGAAUGUUCCCCUUCAAGAAAGAAUUAAGCAUCUUUUGAAAUUUUCUGAAUUUAUUGAUGGUAAAUGGGUAUAUCGUUUUGCUAACCACCCUAGAUUUUCAUACUGGGCAUUCAAUAUGAUUCACAGGAAACGUAUACUACAACAAAGUGGAAUAUUCACUAAACAAAAUCCAGGUGAAACACACCUCACUAUUGACGAGCUACGUGAAAUGGCUGCAAGUGACAACUCAGCUUUAUUGAUGUCCAAAGUGUCCAGAUACAUUGGACAUCAAUAA